GCGCUCAGCCGGCCGCCGUUCCCAAGAUGGCCGCUGCGCGCACGGCUCCUGCGGCGGGCUAGAGGCGGAGGCGGAGUCGAGUCACUCCCUCACCCCGCGGCUCCAGGUCUUCCCGCACCAGGCUGCAGCUGACGACCCGCCGCGGUCAUGCGAAGCUCGGUGCACGGAUGAGAGACGCCAUCGCCGAGCCGGUGCCCCCUCCCGCCCUCGCCGUCACCCCUGCAGCCGCCAUGGAGGAGCCGCGGCCAGCACCGCCGCCACAACCGGAGCCGGAGCCGGAGUGCUGCCCAGCGGCGAGGCAGGAGUGCAUGUUGGGAGAGUCGGCUUGCAAGAGUAUGGAGUCUGACCCAGAGGACUUCUCUGAUGAAACAAAUACAGAGACUCUCUACGGCACCUCACCCCCAAGCACACCCCGACAGAUGAAACGCCUGUCAGCCAAGCACCAGAGGAACAGUGCAGGGAGGCCGGCCAGCCGAUCCAACUUGAAAGAAAAAAUGAACACACCGAGUCAGUCAACACAUAAAGAUUCGGGGAAGGGUGUGGAGACUGUGGAAGAAUACAGCUACAAGCAGGAGAAGAAGAUUCGGGCGACUCUGAGAACAACGGAGCGAGACCAUAAGAAAAAUGCACAGUGCUCGUUCAUGUUGGACUCGGUGGCUGGGUCUUUGCCAAAAAAAUCGAUUCCAGAUGUGGAUCUCAAUAAGCCUUACCUCAGCCUCGGCUGUAGCAAUGCCAAGCUGCCCGUCUCUAUGCCCAUGCCUAUAGCCAGAACUGCACGGCAGACAUCCCGGACUGACUGCCCAGCAGAUCGCUUAAAGUUUUUUGAAACACUGCGCCUUUUGCUAAAGCUUACCUCAGUCUCGAAGAAGAAGGACAGGGAACAGAGGGGACAAGAAAACACGGCUGCUUUCUGGUUCAACCGAUCAAAUGAACUGAUCUGGUUAGAGCUCCAGGCCUGGCACGCAGGCCGCACCAUCAAUGACCAGGACCUCUUUUUAUACACAGCCCGCCAAGCCAUCCCAGACAUUAUCAAUGAAAUCCUCACAUUCAAAGUUAAUUAUGGGAGCAUUGCCUUUGCUCACAACGGAGCUGGUUUCAACGGUACCUCGGGAGAAGGUCAGUGCAGAACCCCUUGCAGGGCAAGCAGUCCCCGCUGGUCCACGUACCACGAGCACCUCCAUCGCCAGAGGGUCUCCUUUGAGCAGGUGAAGCGGAUAAUGGAGCUGCUGGAGUACAUGGAGGCACUGUAUCCGUCCUUGCAGGCUCUGCAGAAGGACUACGAGCGGUACGCCGCCAAGGACUUCGAGGACAGAGUGCAGGCACUCUGCCUGUGGCUGAACAUCACAAAAGAUUUAAAUCAGAAGCUGAGGAUUAUGGGCACUGUUCUGGGCAUCAAGAACUUAUCAGACAUUGGCUGGCCAGUGUUUGAAAUCCCUUCCCCUCGGCCAUCCAAAGGCUACGAGCCUGAGGACGAGGGUGAGGACACGGAGGGAGAGCUGAGGGAGCUGGAGAGUGGCACGGAGGAAAGUGAUGAGGAUCGAACCCCCAAUCCGAGGGCGUCAGAGCUCAGGCUGUCCUCAGACACCAUCUUGGACAGUCACUCCCAGGGCUGCAUAUCCAGGAAGCUUGAGAGGUUUGAGUCCGAGGAGGACUCUGUCGGCUGGGGAACAGCAGACUGUGGUCCUGAAGCCAGUAGGCAUUGUUUGACAUCUAUCUAUAGACCGUUCGUGGACAAAGCACUGAAGCAAAUGGGGCUAAGAAAGUUAAUCUUACGACUUCAUAAGCUAAUGAACGGCUCCUUGCAGAGGGCUCGUGUUGCUCUGGUGAAGGAUGACCGUCCAGUGGAGUUCUCUGACUUUCCAGGUCCCAUGUGGGGCUCGGAUUAUGUGCAGUUGUCGGGGACGCCUCCCUCCUCAGAGCAGAAGUGCAGUGCCGUAUCCUGGGAAGAGCUGCGGGCCAUGGACCUGCCUUCCUUUGAGCCCGCCUUCCUGGUGCUCUGUCGGGUCCUGCUGAGCGUGAUCCACGAGUGCCUGAAGCUGCGGCUGGAACAGAGGCCUGCCGGGGAGCCUUCCCUCCUGAGUAUCAAACAGCUAGUGCGAGAGUGUAAAGAGGUCCUGAAGGGUGGGCUCCUGAUGAAGCAGUAUUACCAGUUCAUGCUGCAGGAGGUCCUGGACGGCUUGGAGAAGACCGACUGCAACAUGGAUGCCUUUGAGGAGGACCUGCAGAAGAUGCUGAUGGUGUAUUUUGAUUACAUGAGGAGCUGGAUCCAAAUGCUACAGCAGUUACCUCAGGCUUCCCAUAGCUUAAAAAACCUGUUAGAGGAAGAAUGGAAUUUCACCAAAGAAAUAACCCAUUACAUCCGGGGAGGAGAGGCGCAGGCUGGAAAGCUGUUCUGUGACAUCGCAGGGAUGCUGCUGAAGUCCACGGGGAGCUUUCUGGAAUCUGGCCUGCAGGAGAGCUGUGCUGAGCUGUGGACAAGCACUGAUGACAACGGUGCUGCUGAUGAGCUAAGGAGGUCUGUCAUCGAGAUCAGCCGAGCCCUCAAGGAGCUCUUCCACGAAGCUCGGGAGAGAGCCUCCAAGGCUCUGGGCUUUGCUAAAAUGCUGAGGAAGGACCUUGAAAUAGCAGCAGAGUUUGUGCUGUCGGCGUCUGCCCGAGAGCUCCUGGAUGUCCUGAAAGCAAAGCAGUACGUGAAGGUACAGAUUCCUGGGUUAGAGAAUUUGCACAUGUUUGUCCCUGACAGCCUCGCUGAGGAGAAGAAAAUUAUUUUGCAGCUACUCAAUGCUGCCACAGGAAAGGACUGCUCAAAGGACCCAGACGACGUCUUCAUGGAUGCCUUCCUGCUCCUGACCAAGCAUGGGGACCGAGCCCAUGACUCAGAAGAGGGCUGGAGCACGUGGGAGGCUCGAGCUGUCAAAAUCGUGCCUCAGGUGGAUACCGUGGACACCCUGAGAAGCAUGCAGGUGGACAACCUUCUGCUGGUUGUCAUGGAGUCUGCUCAGCUAGUACUUCAGAGAAAAGCCUUCCAGCAGUCCAUUGAGGGGCUGAUGACUGUACGCCAUGAGCAGACAUCCAGUCAGCCGGUCAUCGCCAGAGCUUUACAGCAGCUCAAGAACGAUGCGCUCGAGCUGUGCAACAGAAUAAGCGAUGCCAUCGACCGCGUGGACCACAUGUUCACCCUGGAGUUUGAUGUCGAGGUUGAGGAGUCUGAGUCAGCCACGCUGCAGCAGUACUACCGAGAAGCCAUGAUUCAGGGCUACAACUUUGGGUUUGAGUAUCAUAAAGAAGUUGUUCGUUUGAUGUCUGGAGAAUUCAGACAGAAGAUAGGAGACAAGUACAUAAGCUUUGCCCAGAAGUGGAUGAAUUACGUGCUGACCAAAUGCGAGAGCGGCAGAGGCACAAGACCCAGAUGGGCCACCCAAGGCUUUGAUUUCCUACAAGCCAUUGAACCUGCCUUUAUUUCAGCUUUACCAGAAGAUGACUUCUUGAGUUUGCAAGCCUUGAUGAAUGAGUGCAUUGGGCACGUCAUAGGAAAGCCACACAGCCCUGUCACAGCUAUCCAUCGGAACAGCCCCCGCCCUGUGAAGGUGCCCCGAUGCCACAGUGACCCUCCUAACCCUCACCUCAUCAUCCCAACUCCAGAAGGAUUCAGGGGUUCCAGCGUCCCGGAAAACGACCGCUUGGCCUCCAUAGCUGCAGAACUGCAGUUCAGGUCUCUGAGCCGGCACUCAAGCCCCACGGAAGAGCGAGACGAGCCAGCAUAUCCUCGAAGUGACUCAAGUGGAUCAACACGGAGAAGCUGGGAACUUCGAACCCUCAUCAGCCAGACCAAAGACUCGGCCUCUAAGCAGGGGCCCAUAGAAGCUAUCCAGAAGUCAGUGCGACUGUUUGAAGAGAGGAGAUACCGAGAGAUGAGGAGAAAGAAUAUCAUCGGUCAAGUGUGCGACACCCCUAAGUCCUAUGAUAAUGUCAUGCAUGUUGGACUGAGGAAGGUGACAUUUAAGUGGCAAAGAGGAAACAAAAUCGGAGAAGGACAGUAUGGGAAAGUGUACACCUGCAUCAGCGUCGACACCGGGGAGCUGAUGGCCAUGAAGGAGAUUCGAUUUCAGCCUAACGACCAUAAGACUAUCAAGGAAACUGCAGACGAGUUGAAAAUAUUUGAAGGCAUCAAGCACCCCAACCUGGUCCGGUACUUUGGCGUGGAGCUUCACAGGGAAGAAAUGUACAUCUUCAUGGAGUACUGUGACGAGGGCACACUAGAGGAGGUGUCAAGGCUGGGCCUUCAGGAGCACGUCAUCAGGUUGUAUUCCAAGCAGAUCACCGUCGCCAUCAACGUCCUCCAUGAGCACGGCAUCGUUCACCGAGACAUCAAAGGUGCCAAUAUCUUCCUUACGUCGUCUGGACUAAUCAAACUGGGAGACUUUGGAUGCUCAGUAAAACUUAAAAACAACGCCCAGACCAUGCCUGGCGAGGUGAACAGCACCCUAGGGACAGCAGCUUACAUGGCCCCUGAAGUUAUUACCCGAGCCAAAGGAGAAGGCCACGGACGUGCGGCAGAUAUCUGGAGUCUGGGGUGCGUCGUCAUAGAGAUGGUGACUGGCAAGCGGCCUUGGCAUGAGUAUGAACACAACUUUCAGAUUAUGUACAAGGUGGGAAUGGGACACAAGCCACCAAUCCCGGAAAGGUUAAGCCCCGAAGGGAAGGACUUUCUCUCGCACUGCCUGGAAAGUGACCCGAAGAUCAGGUGGACAGCCAGCCAGCUCCUCGACCACGCUUUUGUCAAGGUUUGUACAGAUGAAGAGUGAGGCUAAGCAGUCCGUGGCCUAGCAGUGUGUGGACAGAAUCCCGUGAUCACUACUGUAUGUAAUAUUUACACAAAGACUGCAGUCCAGGCGGCCUUCUUAACCUUCCAGGACUGAAGACUACACGGGUGACAAGCCUCCCUUCUGCUGCUGCUGUUGUCUGCUGUAGCCCAGGACCCCUGAGUGACAGUGCUGACAGGCUAGAGAAGCUGCAUGUGACGUGCCAUGACUACUGCACACGGACCACCGCCCUGUCUCCUCCGUUUCUCCUGUGACUGAAGACCGUGACAUCAGCAUAGUGUUUUUGAGCUUCUGGGGUUCAGAAGAAAAUGUAGUGUUACCGGGUGUCCAGGACCUUAGUUCAACCUCCUGUUUCUCGGCUCUGACUGUGGAGCCUCCUUGUUGGCAAGCUGCAGGGUUGUUAUGCAAAGGUUUUUAAAUGAAGCUGAAGAAAAGGCUCUUUUUCAAUAAAUGGUUUAUUUUAGGAAAGCUAA